CCCAGGCUAGAACCACAACCACUUGCUAGCAAAGCUCGAUGGCGUCCCAAAUCGAGAGCCACCGCGCCGGCGCAGAGGUCGUCACCGGAGACGCCGUCUGCAGGAAGAAGUCGGUCGAGCUGCUGGAGGAGCUCGGCCUCCCCAAGGGCCUCCUGCCCAUGGAGGACCUCCAGGAGUUUGGGUACAACCGCGCUACGGGGUUCAUGUGGCUGGUGCAGGGGAAGAAGAAUGUGGAGCACACCUUCAAGAAGAUCAAGCAGACCGUGUCCUAUGCCGCUGAGGUGAUGGCGUUCGCCGAGAAGGGUAUGCUGAGGAAGAUCACCGGUGUCAAGACCAAGGAGCUGAUGCUGUGGCUCAGCGUCGUGGAGGUCUAUGUUCUCGACACCUCGCCGGAGAAGGUCACCUUCAAGACCGGCACCGGCCUCUCCGACAGCUUCGAGGCCACUGCCUUUGCGCUUGGGGAGUAACCAUGCAAAAAGGGCGGGCAAUUUUGCUCCUGGAC